GGAGAAAAGUUAAGCCGGUACCGGUGAUCAACGAACAAACUAAUCAAAAUGGCAGCUUCCAUGGGUCGAGAGUUGUUGCCUAUUCAUGGUUUCAAAGAUGACAUACUGAAAUCCAUCCAAGAUUCUAGAGCUUUAGUCAUAAUAGGAGAAACUGGAAGUGGCAAAACUACACAACUUCCUCAAUUUUUAUAUGAAGCUGGUUUCCACAAGCAUGGGAUGAUCGGGGUGACUCAGCCAAGGCGUGUGGCAGCCACGUCUGUUGCAUCAAGGGUUGCUGAUGAGAUGAGAUGCAACGUUGGAGGCAAGGUUGGAUACCAAGUCCGUUUUGAUGACUGUACAUCAGAUGAGACGGCAAUCAAGUACAUGACAGAUGGGUGUCUCCUGAGGGAGUUCCUCCGAGACAGGGAGCUCAGUCAAUACAGUGUCAUUGUUCUGGAUGAGGCACAUGAAAGGAGUUUAGAUACAGACAUCUUGUUUGGCCUUGUGAAGCAACUCUUUCUCUCUGAUAAGGAACUGAAAUCUUCCAAACGGCAACACCGCCUCAAGGUGGUGGUGAUGUCAGCCACCCUGGAUCAGGGCAAGUUCUCUGACUUCUUGGGCGGUUGUCCCAUAUUUGAGAUCCCCGGAAGGUUGCACCCUGUAAAGGAUAUAUACUGCAGUCUGAUCGAGGAGAAGGAUAUGGGCAAGAACAUCACAGUCAACUAUGUAUCUAAAGUUGUAGACACAGUGAUGGAGAUCCACUUGGAACAGAAGCAGGGAGACAUUUUGGUCUUUCUUACUGGCCAGGCCGAGAUUGAACAGUGCUGCGACAAGCUGUUCCAGAAGUCAGAGCGGGUCGACUAUCGUCAUGAUGUCAGAGACCGUUCUGUCAAGGCCUUGAUGGUACUCCCUGUUUAUGGAUCCAUGCCAACUGAAUUACAGCAGAGGAUAUUUGCUCCUGCUGAGGCUGGAGUUAGGAAAUGUGUUGUAGCUACCAACAUCGCUGGGACAUCUCUCACCAUCGAUGGUAUCAUAUAUGUUGUUGACAGUGGUUUUGUGAAGCAGAUGUCAUAUAAUCAUCGGACAGGACUUGACGCUCUGCAAGUUGUUCCUAUUUCAAGAGCUGAAGCCAUACAGAGAGCAGGGAGAGCUGGACGUACCGCACCAGGCAGAUGUUACAGAAUCUACAGCAAAGGUUUCUAUGAGAACUGUAUGACCGAAGACAUGAUACCAGAGGUACAGAGAAGCAGUCUGACCAAUGUGGUGCUCAACCUCAAGUGUAUGGGAAUACACAAUAUUCUCAAGUUCCCCUUUGUAGAUCAGCCUGAAGAGAGAAUGCUUCUUGAAGCUCUACGCCAACUUCACUAUUAUGGUGCUAUUGACAAAAAAGGGAAUAUCACCAGUCUUGGUCAUCUGUUAGUGGUACCCCUUCCUCUGUCUCUGGCUAGGGCUGUGAUCUAUUCAGGAGCACUAGGUUGUUCUGAAGCCGUGUUGCCUAUUGCUUCCAUGCUAUCUGUGGAGAAUGUCUUCAUUAGACCUGGGGGUGAUACCGAUAAGCAGGCCGAAGCAAACAAAGCACAUCAGAAGCUAGCCGAUAAGGGAGGAGGCUCUAAUGAUUUCACUACUCUGUUAGCCAUCUUUCAAAAGUGCAGUGAAAGUGACUCUCCGUCAAGAUGGUGCAAGAAGCAUAGCAUACAUUGGAGAGGGGUCAAGACGGCUAUGAGUGUACACAAACAGCUUGAGACCAUCCUGGAACAACAGAUGAAGAAUCCUGAUUUUCCAGAGGAGCAUGACUCUGGUUCGACCAGCGAUUGUCUGAGGAGAGCCCUCUGUGCCGGGUUCUUUGGUAAGGUGGCUCGGAAGGCUACGACGGGGCAUGGCUAUCGCACCAUGGAAGGCCAUAGCAUAGGGGUCUUCCUUCACCCUUCAUCUUGUUUGUUUGGAAGAGACGAGGAACUGGACUGGGUGAUCUACAAUGAGGUCAUGCUUACAUCUAAAGUCUUCAUGAGGACAGUCUGCCCGGUGAAAUAUGAAUGGAUUAAGAACCUUCUGCCCAGACUUCAUGAGCUAGAUGCGUAUGCUUUGAGCGGCUGUCUGGCGCCAUCUAUUGACAAGACUGAAACCGAAGAUUCCGACGACAGGGAGGGGAAGAAAGAAAGCGGGAGUAGCGAGAAGAAAAAGAAGCAUAAAGACCCCUCUGUGGACGAGUCCGCCAAAGUGAUCCGCAGGAAUAAUGACACUUCUGUUUCUGACGCAAGACAGAGGUACUUGGAGAGAAAGAGUGCUAAGCUAAAACCUUGACAUGUUUAACCCACACAUUUUUGUAACUUUAAUUUAUUAUAUUGAUAAUGUGGAAUAUUUAGGUAGAGAGGGAGGGGGAAUGGGCACUGAUUUGGAAAGCUCAAAACAGAUUUGUACAUUUAAGUAUGCAUUGACAUACAUGUAUCUACUACUCUAAGCUUGUCAGGUUUUAUUGAUAGUUGCCUGACAUAGCAGUAAUCUAUGUCUUCACAGGAUAGAAUUUGGCCAUGCAGGACAUGACAUUUAUACAACGCCCUGAAUAUUAUAGGCGUAGAACUUACUUGUACCAUCUUGUGUGUAUGCAUGUGUGUGUGUGUGUGUGUGUAUGUUUUUGUGCUUCUUUACUGUGUACAAACAUGGUCCAAUAAGAUAUUGAUCUUAAUAUAUGUUAAUUUGUGGGUGUAUAGUCGUUCUUGAAGUAGGCAAGAAGAAAAGCCAUCCUUUUCUGAGGAUUUUUUUUCUUCUUCUACAAUACUCUUCCACAAUUAGGCAAAAAAGAGUGAAAUGCUCCCAGAUUAUUUUUCACCUUAGGGCCAGAACUCAACCUUAAUCUCUUUCAUCCGGAAAUAAGUUAAGAGAGAUAAGCAAAUAGUAUGAGCAAGGAGCCUUGUCGGAUUGAUAAAGACUUUAUGUUGAGCUUCAUGGCAGAUGUUUGUGAUUUCUAGCAAGUAUGUAUUUGUUUACAUUAUACGCCCAAACAACCUAUCUGUAUCAUGAACUGCAAGUAUUCAAAAGAACAUAAAGCCAUUUCUCUCGAAAUGCAGUCAAAAGAAUUUUUUUUUAAUACAUUUUUGCCCCACCACUGGUGUAACAAUCCUGGAUCUGAAACAGUAAUGUGUUAUUAACCAUUUGUUCAUUUUUGUUUUACUUGUUUCUAAUACAUGUACUGUAUAUUAUCUGUAAUAAAGAAAAGAAUGAUGCCUAUAAUGCUUUGUUCCUGCCAAAGUAGAUUUUAUUAUUUUUAUUUUAACAUAAUCACAACAAUCCAUACAUAAACAUAUUUAAACAGAGUAAACAACAACAUUCUGAAUUUCACUAUAAAGAGGCACAUGUGCAUACAGCCACUCAAUAAUCUUAUGUACAGUUUUAGACAACAGCCCAAUUGAUCCAAGGUCUGGCCCAGAGACCAACAAUUGUAGGAUUGGUUCACUGGGGGGGGGGGGGGUUCAUUUGUUCAUGCAGCUAGCAAUUCACGAUACCAAUAAAUUCAGUCUCUCAACCAAGGUCGAACCAUUAUUAAACAGAGUAAACUUUGGUCCUGGUGGGCCUUUCAUAGCUCUUGAGGCACACAGAUGGCAAACAUAAAAUGA